AUGUCAGACCCCAGCAACCGACCUGAAAUUCUAGUCAUUGGUGGGACUGGGGCCCAGGGAAUACCCGUGGUUGAAGCCCUCGGCAAGAGUGGUCGAUACACAGUUCGUCUAUUUACGCGAGACCCCAAAUCAACUCGAGCCCGAACCCUUGCCAUGCUUCCCAACGUGAAGAUUCACCAAGGGAAUGUUACCAGUCAGGAAGAUCUCCAUGCUGCUUUCCGUGGAGUAUAUGGGGCAUGGGUAAACACAGACGGCUUCACGUUGGGAGAGAAGAAUGAGCUUUUCUACGCCAUUCGUGCCUACGAAAUCGCACUGCACGAGGGCGUAAAGCAUUAUGUAUGGGCGAAUUCUGAUUAUGCUCUGCGAAAGGCGGGCUGGAAUGAGAGAUACCAUUGGGGGCAUAAUGAUGCAAAGGGGAGAGUUGGUGAUUUCAUCUUGGCGCAAGGCCAGCAGCGGAUUAAGAGUACCUUGUUUACUACGGGCCCGUAUAUGGAGAUGCUGUUUGAUGGGAUGUUUAAGCCCGAGGAGCGUGAGGAUGGCACCAUUGUGUGGGCCAAUCCAGCUGGCAACGGGAAAAUACCUCUCAUUGCACUAGAUGAUGUCGGGUCAUAUGUCUUGUGGAUAUUCGACAACGUUGAACGCUCAGCCGGAGUGGAUCUCGAGGUAACAACCGACCAAGUCUCGUUUCAAGACAUCCUCGAGGUCUUUAUCCGCGUCACCGGGAAGAAGGCCGUCCAUAUUACCUUGUCGAUGGAGGAAUAUAUGGACAAAGUCGAGCCAUACCCAAAUGCACCUGCCAACUUCAUUGGGGGUAAGAACAGGAUCGACGACGAAUCCAACAUGACCUGGCGACAGAAUUUCACCGCGUGGUGGCGCUACUGGUCUGAGGGAAUCGGUGCGACGAGGGACUUUGCAUUGUUAGAUGAGAUAUUCCCUGGUCGAAUCAAGAGUUUAGAGACAUGGAUGAGAAAGGUGGAUUAUCAAGGAAAGCCCAAGCAGGUGUUAAAAAAUUUGGAAGAUUUGAAAGCUCAAUUGGCCGACACAGGCCAGGAGAUCCACGGACCUCACAACUCCGGAUGAACAUUCCACGAGCUUCACCUUUUAAGUGGUGAUCUGGUAGAGACUUUCAUGUCGUGAAGGGCUGUAGCUUGAGUUUAGAGUACAAAAUAUUUGCUUUUUUAUGUCGAGCUCUAAGAGAUUAACCCUUUCGUAUGAAAGUUUCAGUAAAUUCCAUGAAUAACGUUUGGGGCCAGUUUCCUCAACCACAAAAUAUAGUCAGCAAGUAGGAACAUAUCUGGAGUCUACUAAGCGGGGCUUUGGCCAUGAUAAGAGCA